AUGGCAUUGCUCAAGCUUGGAUCCAAAUCUCAUGAUAUUUUUCGUCGCGACGGCCAAACAUGGCAUUGUACAACUGGACUUAUUAGUGAUGUUACCAUUGAAGUAGGCGAAACGUCUUUCUUUCUUCAUAAGUUCCCCUUGCUUUCUAGAAGUGGAUUACUAAAGAAACUAAUCGCCGACUCAUCACACGAGGAUGGAACAAUUUCCGUUUUGCAACUUCAUGAUGUACCCGGUGGAGACAAAACAUUUGAGAUCAUAACAAAAUUUUGCUACGGUGUAAAACUCGAAAUCACAUCGAUAAAUGUUGUUGGUCUAAGAUGUGCGUCAGAGUAUUUACAAAUGAAUGAAAAUUACGGCGAAGGAAACUUAGUAGAAGUAACCGAAACUUUUCUCAACGAAGUUUUUGGCAGUUGGUCAGAUUCUAUAAAAGCACUUCAAACAUGUGAAGAAGUUAAACCAUAUGCAGAAGAACUUCAUAUUAUUUCAAGAUGCAUUGAUUCCUUGACCAUCAAGGCAUGUUCCGAGGAUAUUUUAUGCUCCGAAACUAAAUCUCAAGCUUCAAUUGAUGAAUGGUGGUACGAAGAUUUGUGUAUGUUAAGUUUACCUUUAUAUAAAAGACUUAUUAUUUCAGUUGAAUUAAAAGGUAUGAAACCGGAGAAUAUUGUUGCGUCGUUAAUAUAUUAUCUUAGAAGAUUUAUACCUUUGAUGAAUAGACAAUCGAGUUUCAAUGACAAAACUAGUGUUAGUCAAGGGACAACACCAAGUAGAAGUUCAGAAGCGAAUCAAAGGGAAUUAUUGGAAGAAAUCGUAGGGUUGAUUCCGAAUAAAAAAUUUGUCGCACCUUCGAAAUAUCUCCUUAGGUUGUUAAGAACAGCUAUGAUAUUACGUGCGAGUUCAUCAUGCAUAGAAAAUUUGGAGAAAAGGAUUGGUUAUCAGCUAGAUCAAGUCGAACUUGUGGAUAUUUUGAUACCGAAUAUGGGGUAUUCAGUUGAGACACUUUAUGAUAUAGAUUGUAUUCAAAGGAUUAUUGAUCAUUUUAUGUCAAUGUAUCAGCCUGCAACAGCAUCAACUACUCCAUUAUGUGUAAAUGAAGAGGGACCAUUGAUUGGUGGCGUAGAUGCAUUGAGACCUAUGACAAUUGUGGCUAAUUUGUUGGAUUCUUAUCUUGCUGAAGUAGCUUUGGAUGUUAAUUUGAAGUUGCCUAAGUUUCAAGCUCUUGCUUCAUCAGUUCCUGAUUAUGCUAGGCCUUUAGAUGAUGGUUUAUAUCAUGCAAUUGAUGUAUAUCUUAAGGCACAUCCAUGGCUGAUAGAUUCGGAAAGGGAACAAUUUUGCAGACUUAUGAACUGUCAAAAGCUUUCAUUAGAAGCAAGCACACACGCGGCACAAAAUGAAAGAGUACCACUGAGAGUAAUAGUGCAGGUCCUCUUUUUCGAACAGCUUCGACUGCGAACAUCAAUUUCUAGCUGGUUGUUUGUUUCAGACAACCUCGAGACUUCAGAAAAUGGAAACCUUGGAUUGAAAGGGAGUAAUGGAAAUGGUCAGGUGGAUACUACACAUGGUGAAAACUUGAGGGAUCGUGUCUCAGAGCUAGAGAAGGAGUGUUCAAGUAUCAGAAAUGAGCUUAAGAAACUUGGUAAAACUAAGAGAGGUUGGAGCAUUUUUCCAAGAAUUUUCUUUAGAAAACGUUCCCCCUAG